UCAACAGAGUGACUGUGUCUGAGAAAGGUUGAGAAGACUGCUGUGGUGACAGAGGAAGAGAGAGCAAAAGUGAGAGAGAGAUAAGCACGCAAGUGAAAGCCAUAAUGUGGGAAGGAUCUACUUGUUUGUAACAAACCUACAGACCUUAAAAGCAUACUGUAACUUUAUAUGGAAGGAGGAGUGGAGUUGGAAGCCUUUUUUGGAGGUCAUGGAAACCACACCUUCCCCUGCACCUGACGAGUGUAAGAAUUUAACAUCUAACUCCUCCAACAUUGGUGAACCACAGAUGGUGAUUCUGGGCACACUCAUGUCCAUUCUUGUUCUGGUCAUCGUCUUCGGCAAUGUGUUAGUGAUUACAGCCAUUGGCCGCUUCCAACGACUUCAGACCGUCACAAACUGCUUCAUUACGUCACUUGCGUGUGCAGACCUGGUAAUGGGAUUGGUGGUGGUGCCUUUCGGCGCCAUUUUCAUCAUCCUUGACACUUGGCACUUUGGCAAAUUCUGGUGUAAUUUCUGGACGGCCACCGAUGUUCUAUGUGUCACAGCCAGUAUCGAGACGCUCUGUGUCAUCGCUCUGGAUCGCUACAUCGCCAUAACAUCCCCCUUCCGCUACCAGUCCUUACUGACCAACGGCAGAGCUCGCAUCAUUGUGCUGCUGGUGUGGGUCAUCGCCGGGCUCAUUUCCUUCCUACCCAUCCAUAUGGGUUGGUGGAUUUCCGAUAGUAAUGUUGCAAAGUGCUGCUUGAAGAAUGUUACCUGUUGUGACUUCAACACCAAUCGCCCUUAUGCCAUCAUCUCAUCCAUAAUCUCUUUCUACAUCCCCCUGGUCAUCAUGAUUUUCGUCUACAGCCGUGUCUUCCAGGAGGCAAGGAAGCAGCUGAAGAAGAUAGACAAAAGUGAGGGACGAUUUCAUGCUAAGAACAACAGCAAAAAGCAAGAGGCGGCAAGCAUCCACUGUGAGGCAAGGACUGCCAAGAAACCCAAGUUCUGCUUAAAGGAACAUAAAGCUUUGAAGACUUUGGGUAUCAUUAUGGGUAUAUUCACGCUGUGUUGG